AUGAAUGACGCGCCGGAGACGUCGACGCCCGACGCGCCGUCGGAGGUCGAGAAGCUGCGGAGCCGCGUGGCGGAGCUCGAGCUGCGCCUCGCGCCGGGUGCCGCGGCGCCCGUCGACGCCCUGGGCGGGGCCGCCUGGACGUCGCUGGUCAUCUUCGGCGCCGACGGCAACCUGGCGACGAAGAAGACCUACCCGACGCUCUUCGCGCUCUGGCGCAAGCGGCUGCUGCCGCCGGACGUCGUUAUUUUAGGCUACGCGCGCGCGGACCUGACCGUCGACGACUUCCGGAAGCGCGUCUACCGGGCCAUCUACGACAGCGCCCACGCGCAGCGCGAGCGCGCGUCCUUCCUCGAGCGCUGCGCCUACGUGGCCGGCCAGUUCGACGACGCGGCCCACGCCGCGCCGGGCGCGCGGGGCCGCGGCGGCGCCGCCGCCCGCGUGCGCGUCUACUACAUGGCCGUGCCGCCCUUCCUCUACGGGCCCAUCUGCCGGUCGCUCCGCGGCGGCGGGCUCCGGGGCGGCGGCACCGCGGACCGCUUCGUCUUAGAAAAGCCCUUCGGCCGCGACGCCGCGUCCUGCCGGGCGCUCUGCGCGGAGCUCGGCGCGCUCCUCCGCGAGGACGAGGCCUACCGCAUCGACCACUACCUGGGCAAGGAGCUCGUCAUGAACGUGCUCGUGCUGAGAUUCGCGAACGUCUGCUUCGAGGGCAUCUGGGACCGGACCAAGGUCGCGCGCGUCGACAUCUGCUGCUUCGAGACCAUCUCGACGCUCGGCCGCGGCGGCUACUUCGACGCCUACGGCAUCAUCCGCGACGUGCUCCAGAACCACCUCGCGCAGAUCCUCGCGCUCGUCGGGGCAGGAAAAGAGAGCGAAAUUCCCAAAGGCUCCUAUCUCGGCCGCGCUCGUCGGCAUGGAGCAGCCGCUGUCGAGGUGCGCAUCCGCUUCCACGCCGUCGCCGGCGCCGUCGCCGACGUCGGCGACGCCGCGCCGAACGAGCUCGUCGUCCGCGUGCAGCCCGACGAGUGCAUCUACUGGCGCGUCAUGAACCGCGUGCCCGGCCUCCACACGUCCCUGAAGCUCGAGCCCCGGCGCAUGAACCUGCUCUACACGCCGUCGGAGUCGCGCGACAUGCCCGACGCGUACGAGCGGCUCCUGCUCGAGGUGCUCCGCGGCGACGCGACGAACUUCGUCGGCGUCGACGAGCUCGACGCGGCCUGGGCCGUCUUCUCGCCGGCCCUCGCCGCCCUCGCGGCGCGCACGGCGAAGCCCGAGCGCUACGCCUUCGGCUCCCGGGGGCCCUCCGCCCCGAGCUUGGACGCCGCGUAG